AGUAUUGAUCGGUUGAUGUUUAUUUGCACUCGGUAGAAGUCGGAAUAUUUUCUGGUGAUGGAAUUCCGUUAUCUUCAUGUGUCGACUCAGUUCAAAUUAAUCGUUUAUACCCUAUUUCUGCUGAUUCAUUCAAGCAUUCAAGAGUCGGCCCAAUCUGCAACUAACAUCCCGCGAUACUCGUUCAAAGAGUACUCUUACGUUGCUUUACCGAAAUAUGAAACUUACUUUCAAGAAUUCCAGUCUGCGUGUAAACAGAACCCGUCGUGCCAGCUAUUAGAGGGUGUUGAUCGGCUUAACUGCAUUCGUGAAUGCAUCUCUCCUUCGUGCUACAUUGAACUCUACCAAGGCGACAAGUUGGAAGUUGGUGAGAUUGACGUUCGUUUCGAGUCAUUCAAGGGUUGCUUCAUCCAGCGCGGAAUCCGACGUGGCUGAAAACCAAAAAAAAAACAUAUCCAUCGUUUGACUAGUUUAUCAAGUUAUACCAAUUUAUAUGAAAUAAAUCGUCCAAAAGACAACUCCGCUUUGGCGCGUCUUUUUUAUUAUUUGCGAUUGUUGCAAUCCGAUGGCGGACGUGCGAACGCCCUCACACGUGUCGCUCACGCAUAAAAACGAGGCCAUUACUUCAUAGAAAGAAGAAAUUCUAGUAUC